GUCUGGCUGAUGGUGAUGAUGAUGAUGAUGAUGAUGCCUCUCUGCUACCGAAUGCCUGUGGCUUGCACUGGCAGAAAUGUCACAUUAAUUUGUCCCCGUAGCAAAUGUUUGUGGUUCGGUUUGUGCAUGAGAGAGCUUUUGGCACUGACGUUCCAACUCUGGGUGGACGUCUCUCUCCCUCUCCCUCUCCCUGUUCAUAUACUGGAUGUUGCGCGCACUACAUUCAGUCGCGGUUGACGGCGCGCUCUGCUGCACGGCAGUGUACCGUUUAGACGGCGGAGCGCCACGGGCUCUCCCACGCCAUUUCCUCGUGCCGAGCCCUGGAAUGUCGAGCAGCGGCUCGGGCUCUUCCUCGCGGAAGGAGUUCGAUGUGAAGCAGAUCCUCAGGAUCCGAUGGAGGUGGUUCGGUCACCCCGCGGUCCCUCCGCCUCACUCCCCGCCGAUAGGAGACUACUUCGCCGGGCGGAGAGCGGGCAGCAGCUGCGGAGACGGGGCAUCAGUCAGCGGCUGUGACGAUCCCAAAUCCGCCAGCGCGACCCCCGGGGCCGGAGGGCACAGCGGGCUGGUGGCCAGCGGCAGCGCCGGGUCGAACCUGUGUAACGGAAGCAACAGAAAGUUUGCUGAUCCGACGGGAAACCGGGGCGGACCGGGGGCAGCAGCGGGAGCGACGGGGAGCUCCUGCACCCGCUCCGUCAGUCAGCCGGAGUGCAGGAGCCCCGCCGCGGCGCUCACGUGGAUCUCCCCGCCACCUCACCGUCGUUCCCGACCCGUGACGGGCAUGGAGCCCCCCGGGGAGGCUCCGGUCCCCCCGCUGGGACCUGAGCCAGCCGCUCGUGUCGGGGAGGGAGAGGAGGCGGCGGCGGCGGCGGCACCAGCCGCAUCGGGCACCGAUGACCCCCAGCAGGAAACUGACUCCAGCUCGUGCAGGACGUCUAACAGCAGCGCCACGCUGUCCUCGUGCGUGUCGCUGGAGCCAUGCGCGUGUCCAGAGGAGUGCACGUUCACCGCUCUGUCCCACGCCGACAUCACCUUCCGCAAGAUGGAGGGCUACCUGAGGUCCCGGCAGCUGUGUGACGUGGUUCUGGUGGUGGGAGACAGGCGGAUACCUGCACACCGGCUGGUGCUCUCAUCCGUGUCCGACUACUUUGCGGCCAUGUUCACCAGCGACGUGAGGGAGGCCAAGCAGGACGAGGUGAAGAUGGAAGGAGUGGACCCCGAUGCGUUGUGGGUUCUGGUGCAGUAUGCAUAUACAGGCCGGCUGGAUUUGAGGGAGGACACCAUUGAGUCCCUGCUGUCGGCCUCCUGCCUGCUGCAGCUGUCCUCGGUGGUUCAGGCUUGCUGCUCCUUCCUCAUGAAGCAGCUCCACCCGUCCAACUGUCUGGGCAUCCGCUCCUAUGCCGACGCUCAGGGCUGCAGUGACCUGCAGCGGGCCGCGCACGCCCACACCAUGGAGCACUUCUUAGAGGUGGUGGGAGGCCAGGAGUUCCUGUUGCUCCCAGAGGAGGAGAUGGAGAGGCUCAUCACGUCGGAUGAUGUCAACGUGCCAGACGAGGAGACCAUGGUGACGUCUUUGCUGACGUGGGUUCGCCAUGAUGCCGCCACGCGACAGCGACACCUGCCCUUGCUGCUGGCUCACAUCCGACUGCCUCUGCUCCACCCACAGUUCCUGGCAGACCUGGAGUCCAACCCUCUGCUGCGGGACAGCAUGGAGUGCCAGCGACUGCUGAUGGAGGGCAUGAAGUAUCACCUCUUGCCGCAGCGCCAGCCGCUGCUCCAGAGUCCGCGCACCCGGCCCCGCAAGGCCACCGUCGGGGCCAUGUUCGCUGUGGGGGGAAUGGACGCUACCAAAGGUGCGACCAGUAUCGAGCAGUACUGCCUGCGGCGGGACACGUGGAGGCAGGUGGCCACCAUGAGUGGACGGAGGCUGCAGUUUGGUGUCGCUGUCCUCGACGGCCGUCUCUACGUGGUGGGCGGCCGAGAUGGACUCAAGACCCUCAACGCUGUGGAGUGUUACAACCCUCACAGCAAGGCCUGGAGCGUCAUGCCUCCCAUGUCCACACACAGGCACGGCUUAGGCGUCGCCGUCCUGGAGGCGCCCAUGUACGCUGUAGGAGGACACGAUGGCUGGAGCUACCUCAGCACAGUGGAAAGGUGGGACCCCCAAGCUCGCCAGUGGAGCUUCGUUGCAAGUAUGGCAACACCCAGAAGCACCGUGGGAGUAGCUGUACUCAACAGAAAGCUGUAUGCAGUUGGAGGUCGUGACGGAUCUUCCUGCCUGCGUUCAGUGGAGUGUUUCGACCCCCACACCAACAGGUGGACCGGUUGUGCUCCCAUGGCUAAAAGGCGUGGAGGUGUGGGCGUGGCCACGUGGCAUGGCUUCCUCUACGCCAUCGGAGGUCAUGACGCUCCGGCCUCAUCACUUGCAUCUCGGCUAAGUGACUGUGUGGAAAGGUAUGACCCUCAGACAGAUGUGUGGACAGCAGUUGCCCCCAUGAGCAUCAGCAGAGACGCCGUAGGCGUUUGUCUCCUUGGCGACCGCCUUUACGCAGUGGGUGGUUAUGACGGGCAGGUGUAUCUCAACACUGUAGAAGCCUACGACCCUCAGACUAACGAGUGGACACAGGUGGCACCUCUGUGUGUGGGCCGGGCGGGGGCAUGCGUGGUGGCCGUCAGACUGUAAAGAAAAUGCGCAACGCGUCUCAGGUCGUCGGCGCUCCCCCCCUUUGUGGUCGCUGGAGGAAACCCGUCUGCCCGACAGCACGCGGGGGAGCCAGAGACUCGGCCGCCUCUCGUUCUUUUAGUUGUUUCCGGUUAGGGUCAAAACCGUCCGUCUGCUUUCUGAUGAAGUCUUCGUGUUUGAUAACUUCGGCCACAGGAGUGAACCGCUGCCAUGAUGAAGUCUGCUGUGGUUAUCCCAGCAUGACGGAACACCUGCAUCGCAGACUCUGCACUUUUUUUUACCUUGUCUUGUUAGUUUGUUCCUGUAGACACGGACACACACACACACACACACACACACGGGGUUGCUUUCAGCUUCUAUUCCUGCUGACAGGUGGGAGAGACGUAAAUGAGAUUGUCAAGACCGUUGAGUUGCCUCAUCAUUUUACGCUCUCGCUUCUAACAAUAUCUGAUAGCGUGUUAUGUUAUCGAUGCUAUUUUCACGUAUUCUGUAUUAUUUCAUUUGGCAGUUGGCGAGUUGCUCUUCUCUUUCUUUCCCUUCCUCGCUGGCAUAUGAAAGAAAGACUUUUGACAUAAUCAGCACAACCUCCACAGCUACACUGUGAGAAACUGUGAUGCUCUUUAUUCUUAUCAGUCAGAUAUGUAUCAUUGGCCUUUUAUCUAAUGUUUCUGUGUGUAUGUGUGCAUCAGCCCACAUCUGAAGCAUACGGUGUACUGUGAUGUGUGAUUUAUUGUAGAUUAUUACAUGAGCCGCUGUGGAAAAUGAUCCAAUUAUUCAGCAAUUUUCAUGUGUUUUCUUUACUUUUGCUUUUGCCAUUGUUUACAUAAUUGUGAUACAUUAAGCUCUAAUACCAGUUUUAUACUAUGAGUUUUUUACAAUAUAUUAUUUUUUUAUUUUUAUUUCUCUCAGCACUCAAGUCAGCUCUUUACAGGUUUGGUUUCAUAGUGUGUCAGGUGAGCAUUUCUGUCCUACCUGCUGUUUCUCUGUUGUUUUUCUGUGUGUGCGUGCGUGUGUGCGCGUGUGUUUCGGAAUUUGAAAGCAGUAUAUUUUUAUCUCAAAUGAGAAUCGUACCCUCCCCACAUUUUCAAUUCCCUGCUGCCUUCUUUUCAUUCUCAUUUUCCCAUUUCAUCGGGCACCACACACACAAAUGCACAAAUACACGCACCACUAAGUUCUGGAGCAGAAUUGGAUUCCCAGACAAAAGGAACAACAGAGCAUAUAAUGAGACCAUGAAUUUAAUAACGUUGAUUCUGCCGGCGCCGUUGUUUUGUUUGAUGUCAAGUUCAUAGCGUUAUUAGAUUUUAUGCCGCUGCAGACAAAGUAUGAGACAUGAUUCUGAAAUGAAUCAUUUGAAACAAACUCAUAUGUUCACAUUUGAGGGCUUGUUUGAGUAAACUUAACCUCAAGAAUACAAAGAUGCUGACUACAGCAUCAAUACAGACCCAGUACAAUCAUUUUAUACUGCAUACUUAAUUGUGUGUUUCCUUAUUGUGGCUUCUCUAGUGUCUAUGUGUGUGUGUGUGUGUGUGUGUGUUUGUUAAGAAUACAGGAAAUAAACCCCUGACAGUCAGAGGCAAAGCAGGCAUCCUGUCUGAAUUGACAGAUCUAGAGCUAAUGUAGCCCCCAGGAUGUGCUUCACAAACACACACACACGGUCAUAUUACAUACACACAAUCACACAUACACACACACUCUUGUACACACACACUUAACCCCUGAGCUUAAAGCCAAGUGCCCCGUGAGCAAGUGAGCAUUGAAAAGCCUCCCAGAUCUGCCGGCAUGAACAUCUAAAAAGCAGGGCUAGCGAUUCCCCCGCAGCCGAACUGAUGCUGGUUUAAUCGUGACGCACCGCUGCAUUAUUCCAUUUCCUGCCUCCUUCAAACCAGCUGUUUAUUUACCACAGUAAUCUCUCUGGAUCAGAACAGGAGAAGUGUGUCACCUCCACUGUGUAAAGGUAGUCAGAGAGGUUAAAGACGGAGACAGAUAUUCCAAACAAACUAUAUAUUUUGUAAAUAAUAUGUACAUGAAUACAUAUAUCUGUAUGUAGUCUUAUUGUAUUAUGAUGUAUAUUUCACAGGGUCCCCUAACUCUACCAUGUGUUGUUGUGCGUUUCCUUUUGUACCAUGAAUUGAGAUGAAGAGGUAUGAUAAAAAGACGGCGGGUGAGAAAUGGUACAGCUGCUCAUCUCCUCUUUUUGUAUUAGAAUAUUACACCAUGAUGUAUGUACAAUAUAUACUGCCGUACCAUGCUGUCAUUGGUCUUUUAUACAUUAAAGUCGAGACGUGGUUCAA